UUCUAUGGAUCUUUCAGGACCUUCUUGGAGCUUUCAGGACCUUUCUGGGCUCUUUAUGGACCUUUCAGGACCUUUCUAUGGACCUUUCAGGACCUUUUCAUGGACCUUUUGGGGCUUUUUAUGGAUCUUUCAGGACCUUUCUGGGCUUUUUAAUGGAUCUUUCAGGACCUUCAUGGAACUUUCAGGAUCUUUUUAUGGACCUUUCAGGACCUUUUUGGAUCUUUCAGGACCUUUCUGGGCUUUUUAUGGAUCUUUCAGGACCUUUCUGGGACCUUUCAAAGCUUUUCAUGGACCUUUUGGGGCUUUUUAUGGACCUUUCAGGACCUUUUGGGGGCCUUUUAUGGAUCUUUCAGGACCUUCUUGGAGAUUUCAGGACCUUUCUGGGCUUUUUAUGGAUCUUUCAGGACCUUUCUGGGACCUUUUUAAUGGACCUUUCUGGGCUUUUUAUGGACCUUUCGGGACCUUUUUAGGUGGAUUUUUCAGGACCUUUCCGGUUUUUUUAUGGACCUUUCAGGACCUUUCAAGGCUCUUUAUGGAUCUUUCAGGACCUUUCAGGACCUUUUUAGGUGGAUUUUUCAGGACCUUUCUGGACUCUUUAUGGAUCUUUCAGGACCUUUCAAAGCUUUUCAUGGACCUUUUGGGGCUUUUUAUGGACCUUUCAGGACCUUUUGAUGGAUCUUUUAGGACCUUCCAAGGCUCUUUAUGGACCUUUCAGGACCUCUCUGGGCUUUUUAUGGACCUUUCAGGGCCUUUUUUAUGGACCUUUCAGGACCUUCUUGGACCUUUCAGGACCUUUUCAUGGACCUUUUGGGGCUUUUUAUGGAUCUUUCAGGACCUUUUUAUGGACCUUUCAGGACCUUCUUGGAGCUUUCUGGGCUCUUUAUGGACCUUUCAGGACCUUUUUUUUAUGGAUCUUUCAGGACCUUUCUUGGACCUUUCAGGACCUUUUUGAGGCUCUUUAUGGACCUUUCAGGACCUUUGAAAUGGACCUUCCAGGGCUCUUUAUGGACCUUUCAGGACCUUUCUGGGCUUUUUCUGGACCUUUCAGGACCUUCUUGGGGCUCUUU